AUGCCAACCCUCUUCACCUUGACCAAAGUGGCUCUCGUUGCCACUUUGUUUUCGGGAGUGACGCUUGCCGAACCGCAAGGUCACUUUUUCAAGCAACCCGUGGACGGAUUGACCAAUAUCUGGCACCAAACUCAGGAUUUGGUCCAUGACGUGGUCGAUAACGUUCAGCAUGUUGUCAACGACGUGAAAUCCGAAUUUGUUACCGCCUUUUCGCAUCCUGCUUUCCCGCAAUACACGAUGCGUUACAAGCGCCCCAAUACCAUCUGUGACCCUGACGUGAAGCAGAUCAGCGGUUAUUUGGACGUUGGCAAUGACAAGCACUUUUUCUUCUGGUUCUUUGAAUCCCGAGACAAGCCUCAGGAAGAUCCCUUGGUUCUCUGGUUGAAUGGAGGUCCCGGCUGUUCCUCUCUCACUGGUCUCUUUAUGGAACUCGGACCUUGCACUGUCAACAAGGAAGGAAACGACACCGUGGUCAACAAAUAUUCUUGGAAUUCUAACGCCAACAUUAUGUUUUUGGAUCAGCCCCUGAAUGUCGGCUAUUCCCAUGGUAGUGGUGGGGCCACCAACUCGAUUGCCGCCGCUGAGGAUGUGUAUGCCUUCCUCCAACUGUUUUUCAAGGAAUUCUCAGAAUACGCCCAUCUUGAUUUCCAUAUUGCGGGUGAAUCAUAUGCCGGUCACUAUAUUCCUGCUAUUGGCGGUGUUAUCCAUCGUUCUAAUAAGGGACAAUAUUUAACCGCAACGGUGGCCGACAAAGCCCACACUUUGUCUAGUGUCAAUUUGAAGAGUUUGCUUAUCGGCAAUGGCUUGACGGAUCCUCUCGUUCAGUACAAGUACUACUCCAAGAUGGCCUGCGAAAACUCUUAUGGUCCUGUUCUUGACGAACGCACCUGCCGUUCCAUGGACAGACAAUACCCUGCUUGUGCUCGCUUGAUUCAGAACUGCUACGACUCGCAAAGCGUGUUUGCGUGCUUGCCCGCGGCAAUGAAGUGUAACAAAGAUCAGAUCCAGCCUUACCAGCAAACGGGCAUGAACCCUUACGAUGUGCGUGAAAAGUGCAAGGGCGGCAAUGGUUUGUGCUACGAAAUUUUGGACAGCGUUCAGACUUAUUUGAACCGUAAAGAAAUCAUGGAAACGAUUGGCGCUGAAACCGAGGGCUACAAGAGCUGCAAUAUGGAGAUUAAUUUCCGUUUCAACAUGGCGGGCGACUGGAUGCGCCCUUACGUUGAAGAAGUGCCUCCUCUUCUUGAAGAUGGUAUCCGCAUUCUUAUCUAUGCCGGUGACGCCGACUUCAUCUGUAACUGGAUGGGCAACAAGGCAUGGACUUUGGAAUUGCCAUGGAGCGGUAAGAAGGAAUUUGCUAGCGCCAACGAUACUGAGUGGUAUUCUGCCAUCACCGGUAAGCACGCCGGUGACCUCCGCCAGACCAAGGAUGGUCGCUUUGCUUUCCUCCGCGUUUUCGGUGCAGGCCAUAUGGUGCCUUAUGAUCAACCUGAAAGUGGCCUUGACAUGCUCAAUGCCUGGAUCCAGGAUGACUUGCAGUAA